UCUAUUAUCAAAAAGAUUAGUUUUCCAAAUAAAUAAGCAUGGUUUUUGGAUUUUCUAGUUAUUGGAUACUCAAAUAGCCAACAGUCAAGAUGUCUUUCCUAAACAAGACUUACAAAUUCGUUAAACAAGAAAACUUCGAUGGGUUCCUGAAAGCCAUCGGUUUUCCCGAAGAGAAGAUCACCCCGGUUUUGAGUUUCACUCCUGACCAGAAGUACACCAAGGAAGGUGACUCCUACAAGUACGUCACACAAGGACUCGAUGGACCUAGAGAAGUCACAUUCAAGUCCGGAGUCGAAUUUGACGAUCUCAUCGGGCCUGAGAAAGUUCCUGCCAAAACUACAUACGUCGUUGAUGGCAACAAAAUAACUCAAACCAUCAAGUCUUCCUUUGGAGUCGGCACUUUCACGAGAGAGUUCGUUGGUGAUGAUCUUUUCAUUACCAUGGAACUCGAAGGUUGGAACGGCGUUGCAAAGAGGCAAUACAAGGCUGCUUAACUUAAUUUAAUUUAAUACCUUAAUUUAUUAUUUAAAUAAAGCAUUUUUUUAUAAUU